AUGACUGCCGAGAGCGCCAAAGCCAAUGGCCCCAUGAGGAGCCAGGAGGCCGCGGAGAACAAGGCGCUGGCUGCAGCUGCCCCAUCACGGCGUCGCAGGCGCCGCCGGAGGCGCAAGUCCCCCCCAGAAGUGACCGUGAAAGGGCAGCUCCGCAUGCGCUCGCCCUCAGGUGUCUUCGUCAUGGUGGGCAUCUCUGUCGUCUUGGUGGGCAUGACGAUUGCCGUGGUGGGCUACUGGCCUCAUCGGGCUGGGGCCAGCUCAGGGAAUGCCAGCAGCCCUGGCGACGUGAGGAAGGAGGUGGCUCACGCUCGCCAUUUCCCGCACAGCGAGAAGCUCAAGCUCAUUGGUCCCGUCAUCAUGGGCAUUGGCCUCUUCAUCUUCAUCUGCGCCAACACCAUGCUGUACGAGAACAGAGACAUGGAGACGCGCCUGCUCAUGCAGAAGGGCCUCUACGGCAUGGCUGCGGGCCUCCCCACGGAGCCCAGUGCCGAGGACAAGUACUGCGAGACGAGGGUGAGCCAGCCGGUGCCUGUGGACAGCGUGGAGGGCUGCUACGAGGUGGACCUCGCCUCCAGGGUCUUCCACCCGUGCCCCAGCAGCAAAUGGUCUGAGUGCUACGGAGCCAAGCGGCUCCAGACCACAGCCCAGCUCCUCCACCACAAUGGCGCGUCGCCUUCUGCCUCCCUCCUCAGCGUCCACUCGGGCAACUUGCCUGAUGGCAACCUCAACCUUUCCUUCAGCCCUGGGGCGGAAUCGCUCCUUUCCUCUGCUGUCAACACGCUGGCACUGCCUGUGAUCAAGCUCAACAACUGCCUGCUGGACACGGUGGCCGUGGCCCCGGGGGCCGGCGCGGCCGCGGAGGAGAGCCCUGCCAAGCCCAUCGCUGAGGUGCGGAGGCCAUCUUGGGCCCUCCUGUCCCACAGCAGCGGCACGUCGCCAGGAGGGCAGGAGCACCAGGACAACCAUGUUGUCAUCAACAUGGAGGCCGUCUGCCCUGUCACCCCCGCUAAGGAGCUCAGCUCAGACCCACAGCUCCACAACCCAGGACACUCCAAGUCCCUGGACCUGGGCCGGCCUGCGGUGCUGCUGGUGGCUCCCAUCAAAGACCGCAAAAAUCGGAGCUGGCCUCGGCUCGAUCACCUCAGCCUGGUGGCUUAUGCCAAGCUGGGGAGCACGGGCGAGUCGUCGGACCUGCUGCUGGAGCAGCGGGGCAGGCAGGAGGCCCGGCCGGGCUCGUGGGAGGUGGGCAAGGAGAGAGGCUCACAGGUGUGA